GGCAAAUAGGGAGCUUCAAUGUUUCAUCGUGCAUGCCACCGGCCUUACUUAUUAUUACUUCCCAUAGGUGGGAACCCUCUGUGUGCACCGUACGCACGUAGUUAUGCUGGUACAGUCCGCACUAAUUGCAGACAUCAACAGUUGGAGUAAUAGUAAAUAAAUCAAUAAAAGCCACCCCAACCCCUCCUAAAAAUGGCCAAACACUAGCUUCUCAACCCAUCCCAAAUAUGGAAGAUAACGGUAAAGAGAAUGUUGAUCAAGGGUUCUCUGCCGUCUCAGUCGCAAAAACAGAAGGAAGUGGUGGUGGUGGUGGUGGUGGUAAUGGUGGUUGUGCAAGAGAAGAUGAUGAGGUUCUCAAGAGGAGAAUCUCUUGUCAUCCCUUAUAUGGGCUGUUGACUGAGACCCACUUGGACUGUUUAAAGGCUAGCAUGGGUGACAUUGAAGGACUUCCCAGAAAUUCACAAAAUCAAGCAAAUGAUAAGAUCAAUACUAGCAUGCCCAGUUGCUCAGAACUUGAUCACUUCAUGGAAAUGUAUUGUGUGGCUCUAAGCGACCUCAAAGAAGCCAUCAAGGAGCCCGUGCAAGAAACUACAGCUUUCAUCGACGCCAUGUAUUUUCAACUUAUGGAGCUCACGGGCAUGGGGACCCACCCACCUCACACCCCGCCUACCUCUCCUGGAGAUGAAAGCAGUCACCACCAGGAAGCCCAUUUCGUUCAUGGCUUGGGUGGUUCGACCGGAGAACACAUCAACGACAGCUGAAUGCCAAGUGGCAUGAUUAUAGAUGCCUAUGUGUCAAAUGGUAAAAGAGAAGAAUGAUACCUGAAACUGGACGAGCGAUGUGAUUAGGAAUGCGUGGGCAACAGAUAGUCUGUAAACAACAAACGAGCGACAAGGUUGAUUUAAAUGAACAAUAUGAGCAGUUGUUGUAUCUCUGUCAUUUCAUGUAUCAAUCAAAAACUAAGCUCGAUUUCUUCUUUUCU